CCCCCGAGCGCCGCUGUCUCCCCAGCAUCCCGCCGACACACCCUCCUCCCCCCACCACCGAGUCGGUUGAGCUUUUUGGCUUGAUGUCUUGUUCUGACGGCUCCGUCACCCAACCUAUCGCGACCAGCACUAGUCCCUUUGCGACCAUGGCGCUCCACUCAGCACCGCGUCAGCCGCACUUCGUCUGGGCAUCAGACUUUGGCGCCAACCGCUAUGAUUCGGCACCGCGCGACGCCUCGCGCUCUCCGUCCGACGACACCAACAACAGCUGGCGCUUCGUCACCGUCUCCCGGCCCGAGGAGUUCAAGGACCAGAGCGUCAUGCGCAGCGUCCGCUCUCACGUCAUGUUCGAUGUGGUCGAGAAACGGAAGGCGCCGGCGCCAGGCUCUGUUUUCAAGGCCAAGGUUUCCAAGAGCUUGGGCACGGGGCAAAGGGCUAGGGCGUCGUCUGCGUCGGCAUCCCGGUCUUCGGCUGGCAGCGAGGUUCCUCCCACGUCAAACCCCAGCAACCCCGCCACUAUCAGCAACGAACAGGCCCUGCAGAUCUUGAGGCAGUAUCCCAAGUCCAAGGCGUCGUCUUCCACUGAAGGCAGCCCGCCGAGGAGCGAGACUACUGCAGAGGCGAGCAGCCCUGAGUCUAUAAGAGUGAAGACGAAGAAGAAGCCCAAGCAUGAUAGAGCCAGUAUUGCUAGUCGUGCCAGCAUAACGCCUUCGAAUGCUUCGAAUUCCACAACCGAGGACGCAGAAGUGGUCCUCAUCGAGCCCCCCAAGGAUCGAAAGUACAAUCCCCUGUAUGCCGUUUCGUUCAAAAAUGGCAUGGGGCCCUUGAGGGCUUUUGCAGAGGCCGGGGCAGCGAGUAUCGCAGCUCCGUACAACGCCUUUUCCGCCUACGAUCCUUUCCACAUGCUACCGCAACCAUCCAAUCCGCAGAUCAACGUCGAGUACCUUAAAUACUACUGCCACCACUACUUCGGCACGAGGCACAUGUGCUUCAACUGGCUGCCGCAAAUGAUUGGCACGCGGGAGUCGUUCCUCAGCACGCUCGCCAUCACGACAACGCACCUGGACGUGAUGCACGGCCAGGUCGAGCCCAGCCCGCUCACCCGCCUUGUGUACAUUGAAGCCGUGCAUCUGAUCCACGAGGCCCUCACCGAGCGCUGGCGCCGCGUGAGAGACAGCACCAUCAUGAGCGUCGUGCACAUUGUCGCGGGCCAGAUUGUCAACGCGCCCGACGAGCUCGCCGCGCACGAGCUGGGCCUACGCCUCUUGAUAGCCGAAAGAGGCGGGCUGCAAGCGCUAGGCCUGCGCGGCGAACUGGCCGCCCUGGCUGCCGUCAUGUGCUUCACGGCCGCCAUCUUCCGCGAAACCCAACCCGACGCCAUGUUCCUCGCCGUGCAGGCGAACCCAGACGCCUACCCCGCCAACAGCGGGCGCCCCAUCCCCGAAUCCCCCGUCUUCAGCCCGCGCGCCCCGCGCUUCCCCACGUUGUCGCGCUCCAAGACGUGCUCGGCACCCACACUGGCCCUGCUCGGCCGUCUCCGCGACCUCACCGACCUAUGCCUGGACCCCCCGCCCAUCUUCACCCCCGCCGAGCUCGACGCCCGUAAGAGGGAACUCCUAGCCUUCGUCCUCGCCCUGCCCUCGGCGUACACGCCCCCCGCACUGCCCGCCCGCGCCGCAGACAAGGCAGCCCACCGCCACGAGGCCGUCCGCCUCACGGCCCUCGUCUACGCCACCGCCCUCGUCGAGCGUGUGCCCCUCUCCAGCGCCGCGACUCUGAUACCGCCGCAACCCAACGCCGACGCCGACGCAGACAUUACUGCUGUCGCGUCAGCAUCAGCGCUUUUUCCAGCAUCUACGUCACCAGCAGCACGCACGGUCCCCGUCCUCGCGGCCCUGCGCGCCGCCCUCGCCCACUCCGACUGCAGCUACAGCGACUGCUGGACCGACAUGACGGGCGUGCUGCACUGGGCGACGCUGGUGGCGGGGGCGUCAGCAGCGGGAGCGGGAGCGCGCGGGGCCGCGGAGACUGGCCUGCGGCGCUAUUUCUGCGCGUUGAAUGUGCGGGCGGCGAUUGUGCUGGCGUUUGAGCACCGCGAGGCGGUGGUUGCGGCGCUGAGGAGGGUGUUGCGUGUUGUGGCGUUUUGUGCGGGUGAUGCUGGGGAGAUGGGGAUGGAAAUGGUGGGGAGUGGGGUUGGGGUUGGGGUGCUGGUUGAAGGGGUGGAUGAGUAAGGCUUGAGAUGGGGGAUGAGAGAGGGGAGUUUGGUGUUAGUGUUGGUGUUGGUGAGUUUUGAUUUUAUUGAUAUACCAGCGAAAUGAUGGUCUAGUUGGCAGGCACAUGGCAUUGCAGGGCAUUGGGAGGACAGGAUGGGCGAAAGAAAAAAGGAGUUUGUUCUUCUACUGGACUAUUUUCUCAUAUGGCUGGCCCCCUUUCAAUCUACUUAUUUAG